UACGGUGAGAGAACAAACGCUGCGGACCGCGAUGUGGAUUAACGGUCGAACGGGCGGAUAGACGAGGGUAACUGGGGCUGGUAACAGCGGUGGAGGCGCAAAUCUGAGGGGAAUUGUUUGAAAAUAGCUCGUUUGGAGGCGGUGGGACGGUUUUCCGUGGCCAUAGGAGCCCGACGCCCCCUCGGUGUUUUGUGCAGAGGGCGAGGUGGUGGAGGAGUAGGGGGAGGAGGGGGGGAAAUGAAGUUGGGUCGUAGCCGGACUCUCUCACACACAGCUGAGGUAAACACGGAGAAUAGCAGCUCGCUUCUCCCGUGAACGCUCACACGCCGUCGGUAUCGCAGCGAGCAGCGGCUGAUAUUUCAUUGUUUUCCCUCACUAUAGCGGAGUUGGGUCGGUUUAAUAAUGUGACUCCUCUUAAUAGACCUGUUUAGAGCCGCGUUCACGGGGCUCCUGACUGGGUUACCCGGAUUACUAUGCAGUGUUUAAAGCGCAACACGUUCCCCGCGAUGCCUGUCGUUGACUAGAGGAGGCUGUAGCUGUUGCUGUGGAGGUCGGAGAGAACGAGACCAGAACGAAGACUCGUAACGGACGAUGACCGGGCCGAGCAGCUCCAGCUCCAGCUCUGCCGCCAAGGUGGCCAGACACGGGCGCUCCAAGAGCACCAGCACGUACUGCUGCCACUCGCGGGCGGGGCAAGAGUCCGCGCCCUCGGCCACGGCCAACAACGCCGGCCGCUCCUCCGGGGAAGAGGACGAGAAGGACGGCGGCGUCCCAUUCUACGUGAACCGGACCGGCUUCCCUAUAGAGAGCGUCACCUGGGAGAGGAUGUGGUCUCACGUGGCCAAAGUGCAUCCAGACGGUCAAGAAAUGGUGGACAGGAUACGAAACGCAGCCCACCUGGCCAAGCAGCCCGUGCCAUCGGUCCCCAACUUCAAGCCGUCCAUGUCAGUACCUGACUGGCUCCACGCCGUCCAGAACUACAUGAAGAACUUGCAAUACAACCACACAGGAACACAGUUUUUUGAGAUUCGGAAAACCAGGCCGUUGUGCGGGCUGAUGGAGACUGCCAGAGAAAUGAUAAGGGAAUCCCUUCCCAUUAAAUGCCUUGAAGCAGUUAUCCUUGGAAUCUACCUAACCAAUGGCCUGACCUCAGUGGAGCGCUUUCCCAUCAGCUUCAAGACACAGUUCUCCGGCCACCACUUCCACCACGUGGUGCUGGGUGUCUACUGCAAUGGCCGCUACGGUACGUUGGGCAUGAGCCGGCGAGCUGACCUGAUGGACAAGGCGCUGAGCUUCCGCACGCUCAGCGAGCUGGUCUUCGAGUUCGAGGACUCAUACCGCCGUUAUCAGCACACCAUGAAGAAAGUGAAGAUUGGCCUGUAUGUGCCUCACAACCCACACGUUUUCCAGCCAAUCGAGUGGAAGUACCUGGUGCUCAACCCCUGCAGGCAGGGCCGCGAAGACAUGCGCAAGGAGCUGGAGAAGCACGGCCGUGACAUGAGGAUGAAGAUACUGAAGUCAUCGAGCGCCCAGUCGCCAAUUAAGGAGCGGGCAAGAGGGAAGUCCUUAUCACCCCGCCGACGGCAAGGUGUGAGCCCCCAAAGACGACAGCACCUUCACAGAAGGGACAAAUCGCCGGCUGCCCUGGACAGAAAACCAGCAGAGCUCAGUACCCUGAACGAUGGUUACCAGAUCCGCAUAUGAAGGUCCACUGCAGCUGGACUGCAACCUCCCAUCACCAGGCCAGGCCAGGCAAUCACCUUUCCUUCCUGACAGUGUGCGUUCUCUUCCUGUAGUCGACCCCACAGGUGCUGUGUUAGGUGCUGUACGGUAUAGGAACCGAGAAGAUCUGUCGAAACAGUGUGCGCUGUACGUACUGGGACAAUGAUGUCAAAAUGACACUCAAAACAUUUUAGGCUUGUGUGGUUUGUUUAGUAUGUAGCACGUUUUGAGGUCAAACCUUUUCUAGGUGAGCAUAAAUAUUAUGUAUCUGAACCGGGCAGUGUUUCAGCUGGUUAGAGGCUCACACCUGUGUCGUCGUACCAGUACGCAUGGAGCACACUGUACAUAGGCCAGCCUUUCAGACAAUAGUGGGGUCUGAUUUUAAACUGUAGAAAAGGUUCAAAACAGGACAUCAACCCUGAGAUCAGCAUUCUCUCCUGAUCCUUUUAGACUUUUGGAGAAAUUUUAAUGUAAAUGGAAAAACAUUUUUUUAAAGAAACUCUCCAUCUCACCACAAUAUAUAUAAAUGAAAAAUAUAUAUAUUUUGGACAGGUGCUUUUAAUCUAAAAAGAAAAAGAACAAGAGAAUUGAACAAGCUUUUGUGGGGAACCGCACUGGUGAGGGAAAGGACGCUCGAAGGCUUGCCCGAGGCCACGGGGCUCGUGGGAGACGGACUUUGCUGGAUUUUGUUUUGGUAUUAUUACACUAAAUUAUUAUGACAAUGGCCAUUUGAUUUAGUAGCACCACCAUGUAUUCCUGAAGGACAAUAUGAAGAGGACAUGCCUGAAUGCUCAAUAUUUUGUUUUUUAGACAACAGCGUAUCAGUGGUGGGAUUUUACAGCUUGAACUCGCUUUUUCCCUAUUCUUUUUUUUUUUUUUUUCACACU